AAUGGCUAUCACAGAAACAAAACCAGUUAAGCAACUUCGAGAACUCCUUCAAGAGCAACAGGAACCUUUCAUCCUAAAUAUUUACCUUCUAGAAAGAGGGUAUUCAAGAAAGAGCUCGGAUUCAGAAAGUAGCUCCGGGUUCUGCCAUGUGAAUUCCAGGAAGUCACAAAAGCGAUCUGUUGAUCGUGGACUCAACAUAAGCAAAAGGGUCAAUCCACAAGGUUCGAAGGCACUGAGAGCUGUAUUAAAACAGGUCAUUUCCAUAAAGCAGAUGCUAAGAAUCAAUAGUUCUGAUCAUAGAGGUGGAAAACUUAAGGUCAAUGAGAAGGGCAGAAGUAACCAGCAAGUUGCAGAAUCAGAUAUAUUUUCAACUGCUAGCAGCACAACAGUGUUUAAUUCAAUUUCUAAGAGUGAAGUAGAAGCGCCAUGUGCAACGCAAAAAGAUAGCUUGUUAACAACAAACACUUGUUACCAGCCACUCAACCUCCAUAAUCCUACAGAAGAGACUGCUACAGAUAGAAAGCUCCAACAGCGAGGCAUAGAAGAUAGUAGACAACUCAGCCCAGCAUCAGCGCUAGAAGGAAUACCUUCUCAUGGACGUUACCCAUUUCAGAACAAUAAUACAGAGGACUCCAGUACAGCAGAAGAGGAGAACACUUCAAAAACUGGAGUUAAUUUACCAAAAAAGUUGACAGAAGACUGCAUUUUAUCAUCUUCUCUUCAGAAAGUACUUUUCUACUCACCAAAUGAGAAACCAAUUUGUGCAGAAGCCACAGAAAGACAAGAACUUGUUCGGUCUUAUUUUUCUCCACAGUACUUGAAAUCCAAAAUGGUUCUGCAGCAAACAAAGCAAUUUCUGUUCGACUAUGUGAAGGAGAUUGUUGAGACCAAAGGAAGGGAGAUGGAGCAGCAUCGUCAUCACAAGCAAUUCUUGGGGUCGGAAGAGCUUGGAUCAAUCAUUGGUGAAAAAACAAGGCCAUGGGAUAAACAAUCUGGUAAUGAAUCAAAAUUGCUGAAUUUAGAUGUACUGAAUUCAGAACAAUUGAGUAAUUACAAGUCAGAGAGAAGGGAUAAUGGGUUAGAUAUUGGAGAUACUGUUUUUGAUUUACUGGAUUCAGAACAAGACUGGAAUGGGUUUGAGCUACAGAGGGAAAUUGGGUCAGAGAUUGGAGAUACCAUUUUGGAAGAGCUUGUUAAUGACAUAGUAAAAAACAUGAUUGAUUUCUCAUCAUUGAUUACCACAUGUUAAGCUUAAGCUAUUUUCAAAAGUUAAUUAACUCCCAACUCUUCAACUUUUUAUCA